UAAUGAAUGAAAAACGUUGGUGAAUGGUGUUAAAGUAAAAGUUCCAUCACUAAUUAGGGAUAAUAACUGUUAAGAAAUUUAACGUUUUGUAACAAAAAUGUAACAAUCUUCUCAGUUUCCACUCAUCCUCUUAGUCUUGCUUUUGUCAAGGGAAGAAACUGACAUUGUAUUCUGUUUUCAAGUAUUUUAGUGCCGUUUAAAUAUCGUUCAGAUGUCGUCGAGCCAUAAACCGAAAAUUAUGUUCCCGGCCUUUGCGGCCUAUCAGAAUUCAUCCCCAAAUAAAGAAGAGAAUACGAUACAGGACAGCUCCCUGGAAUGGUUAAAUAGUAAAAGCUAUAUUGCACCUAGCCAAGAAAUCGAAGAAAAAUCAAGUGAAAGCAAUAGCUUAGAUGGCGAACCACGUAGGAAGAAAAAGAAGAAGAAAGAAAAAAAGGCUAAGCACAAGAAAGUGAAGAAAGAACGAUCUCCCCCCCCUAAAAGAGAACGGCCGUCAACUAAGAGAGAAAAGCCUAAGGAUUAUUUUAAAGAUACAAUUCCUGAUAGAAAUACUCUGCAAUUCGGUUGCUUAUAUGAAAAAGACGUUCCGAAAUAUAAGAGGCCUAGUUCUUAUACACUCGGUGUAAGAAGUCGUAAAAAUUUUCCUUCUUCAAAAUUGGAGCGUUAUCAUAUGAAAAAGAUACGAAAACUAAUUAAAAAAGAUGGAGAAUCGGUCAAGCUUGAUAAAGGAUUUAAAUUUAUAGGACAGGAAUUCAUAGCAUUUUCUAAAUGGGAAUGUGAUAAUGAACAAGAAUUUCAACCAUUUGAUUUAAUAAGGAAACUCGAACAUCAAGUACAAACGGAUCCAGCAGAUAUAGAUUCCUGGUUUAAGUUGGCCGAAGCUCAUAGUCAAAAUCAAGCUGUUUUAAAUGAAGAUGCAAAACUUGAUAUGAUGGAAAGUGUCUUACAGAAAGCUAGAGAGAAAAAUCCGGCUAACGUUGAAAUUCUUACUCAUUUCCUUAACCGAAAGAAAACAGUAGAUGAUCAAGAAUGGAAAAAAAUACUCUUCAAUCACAUGAAUGACGAAAGAGUUUGGCAAGUUUAUCUAAACUAUAAUACUUAUCGACAAAUGAGUUUUAACAUUCGAAAUAUUGCCAACGUGUUUACAAAAUGUAUAAAAGACUUUAAAAGAAUCUUAGACGGCCAUGUCUUAACUCAUCCUCCCCGAAAAGAUGCAAAUAAGUACUUGCUGUCUUUUUUUUCAAUGUACUGCUCAGUGUUAAAAAGGAGUGGAUCGUCCGAAAAAGCACUCGCAACAUGGCAAGCCUUCUUAGAACUCAACUUUAAUUGUCCAGAUAAUUUAGUAAAUUCUGCCUUAAACACACAAUUCUACUUUCUGGAUCAAUUCUGGGAUUCAGGCGUACCUCGAAUAGGAGAGAAGCAUUCUGUAGGUUGGAAAAAUAGUACUAAUCAAAGUGUCGUAGAGCCAUCUGCGGCUUUAAAUGAAGACGAAUUAGUUGAAAAGUAUAAAAAUAAGGGAGAGAGUCGAGUAUGGUUAGCUUUGGAAAAAUUACGCGAAAAUUCUCAUUACCUAAGCUGUCGGAAGGAUGAUGAAGUUGAUGAUUAUGAACGCAUUAUACUUUUCGAUGAUGUAAAAGAUUUCUUAUUUAUAAAUAAUGAUAAGAGGCAAAUCCUGGAGCUCGUUGGAGAAUUUUUUGAAAUAUCUCCAUCUCCCUACGACAUUAUAACUGAAAUGAAUUUUAAAAUGGCACCCGUUAGCUCGUGGAUGAGCGGAAUAGCUGAACUCAUUUUAGAACACAUGGCCAAUAUAUUAGAAAAUUUUGAUAAUGAAUUACUAGAAUAUUGGAUAACAAAAUGGUUUGAUUAUUUAAUACGCAGCCAAGAUAAGAAAUCUAUUAAAAAAGCCAAGAAUAUAUUAUGUAUGGAAUUUUGUAAAUCUAACUCAUUCUUUUGGGCGAAAUUAGCUCAGUUAUUAUGCAAACACGACAGAAGAAUUGAAGCAGAACAAGUAAUUGAGCAAACGAAAAGGCGUUGCGUAAAAUGUUGCAAUAUUUAUGCACAAAUUUAUUUGGGCAUCUUGGGAGGGCAAAUGAAUAAAGAAAAGGCCAGAAAUGUUUUAGGAAUAGUUGUUGAUUUUGAGAGAGUUGCUACAGAUAUUGAUAUAUUGAGAACUAAAAACUCGUUUGAAGAGAGAAUUUUAGCGGUUACUUCACCUCAUCUAGAUAUUUCAUAUGCAAUGUUUUUAUAUGCGAUUGAUUACGUAAAAUCCGCCUUUGACUUUCUUGAAGCUCGUCUAAGAGUCUAUGAAAAUAAUAUGGAUCAUUUUAGAAUUGUUACCGAUUUACGAGUUCGCCUUGCUCAGCAUUAUUUGUCUACAGAUCCCACCGCCGCUCCGAAAAUUUUAAACUCUUGCAUUUUUGAAGCUAUUAAAAAGUUUCCCAGAGAAGUCGAUUACCAUUGUGCCUUUUUAAAACUUAAAAACGAAAGAAUUUUAAGGAAUUUUUUGGAUGAAUUAAUUUCCAAUAAGGAAUAUUGCGAAAUUGAGACGAUUCAUGUAACGAGAGCUUUGUUAGAAAUCGAAGCAGAUAAUGUUGAAAGGACUUUUUCUGUUCUAGAGGAGGCAGUCGCAAAAUGUCCAAGAAGUACCAUUAUUUGGAGGAUGUUAAUGUACUAUACAGCUAAGAAAAAGACUUCGGAAAAUGUUGAAAAGAUUUUUCAUAGAUCACUACAAUCGUGUGUCCCUGAUAAGAUCCUAUAUACUGAUUUUGUAUUAUUAGUACCAAAAAGUGUUCAACUGGUUACUGACCUAUUAACUGAAAAAUUGAUGAGAAUACGAACGCCUCUUGAAGAGGUUCGCGUUCUUAUUGAGUAAUGUAUUUUUAUAUGAAAAUGAUAGUUUAAUCCAACUCUUCGAUGCAAGUGAUUGUUAUCCUUGAAAAAUAAAACCCUUUCUUAUAAUUUUGUUAUAAGUAUACAAAUUUACUUUAUUGAUUUUUAAUAUUUCAG